GUGUUUCCGGUGGGCUGAUUCCCGACGGUCCCACAAACGCACCAUCAACCUCUCGCGUUUUUGCGGCGCGCGCACGUCCGUUGAUCUUUCCGAGCGCAGCGGUGAGAACAUGGCCGACGUGACAGCGGUGGACGGAGAGAAACUCAGCAAAAAGUGUGCCUGCUGACUGUGGUAGCUCAGCAUGCUGUGUCUGAUCAGAGCAGCCAGACCGCAGCUGUGCCGAGCCUUUGGGGUCGGGGGGCAGUGGUUAAAAUGUGUAACCCCACAUACAGCUGCAGGCCCAGCUCAGUUUUACGGGAAGCAGUGGAGAGGUGACAAAAGUGAGCUGAAGAGACGAAUGAAAGCUGAGAAGAAGGCGGCUGAGAAAGAGGCCAAGGUCAAAGAACAGGUGGAGCAGAAGAAGGAAUCCAAUGACCAGGGAGCGCAGAAUGCCUGUCUGCUGGAUGAGGAGACGCUUGACCCCAAUCAAUACUUUAAGAUCCGGUCCCAGGCGAUCCAGGACCUGAAGGGCACAGCGGAGGACCCGUACCCACACAAGUACCACGUAGACUUGUCCCUCACAGAGUUCAUUGAGAAAUACAAUCAUCUACAGCCUGGAGACCAGCUGACAGAUGUUGUUCUCCGUGUGUCUGGCCGCGUCCAUGCCAAGAGGGCCUCUGGUGCCAAGCUGCUUUUCUAUGACCUGCGAGGUGAAGGCGUCAAGUUGCAAGUUAUGGCAAACUCGAGGAACUACAAGUCUGAGGAAGACUUUGUGGCCAUCAACAACAAACUACGCCGCGGUGACAUCAUCGGUGUCCGUGGUAACCCAGGGAAAACUAAAAAAGGGGAGCUGAGCAUCAUUCCCAUUGAGAUGACCCUACUGUCACCCUGUUUGCACAUGCUGCCCCACCUCCACUUUGGCCUCAAAGACAAGGAAACACGAUUCCGUCAGCGCUACUUGGAUCUGAUCCUCAAUGACUACGUGAGGCAGAAGUUUAUAACCCGCGCCAAAAUCAUCACAUACCUGCGCAGCUUCCUGGACCAGCUGGGAUUUUUGGAGAUCGAGACACCGAUGAUGAACCUUAUUCCUGGUGGAGCAGUGGCCCGGCCGUUUGUUACUUACCAUAAUGAGCUGGAUAUGAACCUGUAUAUGAGGAUUGCUCCUGAGCUCUACCACAAGAUGCUUGUGGUUGGUGGAAUAGACAGAGUGUAUGAGGUUGGUCGUCAGUUCAGGAAUGAAGGCAUCGAUCUCACUCACAAUCCAGAGUUCACCACCUGUGAAUUCUACAUGGCAUAUGCAGAUUACCACGACCUGAUGGAAAUCACAGAGAAACUUCUCUCAGGAAUGGUGAAACACAUCACUGGAGGAUACAAGGUGACUUAUCACCCUGAUGGUCCGGAGGGACAGGCCUAUGAGAUCGACUUCACUCCACCGUUCAGAAGAGUGAGCAUGACACACGACCUGGAGAAGAUUAUGGGAGUCAAAUUCCCUCCUACUGACAGCUACGACACUGACGAGACACGUAAAUUCUUUGACGACCUGUGCGCACAGAGAGGAGUUGAAUGUCCUCCACCCAGAACCACUGCUCGCCUCCUGGACAAGUUGGUUGGAGAUUUCCUUGAGGUCACCUGUAUCAACCCCACCUUCAUCUGUGAUCACCCUCAGAUCAUGAGUCCUUUAGCGAAAUGGCACAGAUCACAGAAAGGCCUGACAGAGCGUUUCGAGCUCUUUGUGAUGAAGAAGGAAAUCUGCAAUGCUUACACUGAGUUGAAUGAUCCAAUCAGACAGAGGGAGCUUUUUGAGCAGCAAGCCAAGGCCAAAGCUGAGGGGGAUGAUGAAGCCAUGUUCAUCGAUGAGACCUUCUGCACGGCGCUGGAGUACGGUCUGCCACCGACCGCUGGCUGGGGAAUGGGCAUCGAUCGUCUCACAAUGUUCCUCACCAACUCCAACAACAUCAAGGAGGUGUUGCUGUUUCCAGCCAUGAAGCCUGACGACAACAAGACAUCAGCGCCCACAGAGGGCACCUCCGUCUGAUCACAUGACCUCUGAUCUGCCUUUACCUCACUGUGGUCGUCAGUGGAGUCUGCGGGUUUUGUGUUUUAUUAAUGUUAGUCUGUCAAAGGUCGGAUCUUUGCUGUUAAGGGAAGUCAUCAUGUGUCAGUUACAGCUGACUUGUUUUUUUUUUUUCUUUUGUGUUUCUUACACUUUUGCUGCGUCCUCCUCUGAGACAUUUUAAUCCUCGUUGUCGUCCAGACAGUAAAUGGGUGGUAUCUGAUCAGGAAGUCAUGUGAUCUGCUGCUGUACGCAGACCUGGAGUCAAUAUUUCUGAUUAUACUUUGAGAUACUUCAAACAGUGCUUGACUGUGGCUACCAAAUACACCGAGUCGAUUGGUCACAGGUCAAGCACCUGUAACAUCUCCAGGUAUCUCUCCGUUUUUACCAGGUCGGCUCGUUUCCCUGUCUGAUUAUUUUUCAAGAUGGAUUCCACAAAUUCAAUAUUCCUCCGCCAAGAAGUUUAAACAUGAUUAUAUCUGAAUAAAGUGCAUAUGAAUCUA